AUAUACGCGCUACUGAAAACUGACGAUAGUAUUGUAACGACCCUGGGUUUAUAAGCGCGGAUAUCGACUCUGCCGCAUGAGCAUGCUUUUGAGGCACGGUCGAUAGCGCACUGGACUUCGGGCUAGAAAGUCGAGGGUUCGAGACCUGCUCCCUGCUGUUUCAUUACAGUAUCUUCUGAAGGGGGGAGUUUUGUUAAGAGCCUCCGCAGACACUUCGCUUUAAACGUUAACACUCAUCUCUUGGGGUGCGAUAAUGGAAACAAGAAAUGUAUAUUUCAUAUUAGCAGCAUAAAAAAACAUGUAUAAACAAAAGUUUACAUGACUACACACCUUUGUAGGUUUAGGGUUCCCACACGACCACAUUUCCAUGAUACAUGGCUUUUUUAAACGGAAAACAAGAGUGGAAUACCUUUGCAAAUUAUAUUUAUGCGUCUCUUAACACUGCAAACGGCAGAUGGACGCCACAAACGUGUUGUCACUGAAAAAUACGGUCGGCUGCGACUGUUGUUAUAACAGGUUAAAACAGUAUGCCGCAAGUGUGUAUUUUGCAUUUGUGGAAUUAUUUUGAUAUGAAAGUAGAGUACCGCAAUUGAGAAUCGAUUUAUGUUAGAUGGAGUUACUUUAGGCACCAUUAUUGGGCUUAGGAGCUGACCAGUGCGAAAACAGCCCCAGUAAUUGGAAUGUCUCAAUGAGCCACGUGCGUUCCAAAUAGCAUCACAAUUGAUUAUUAUUUUUCCUGGCACAUGCAUUUGGAGUCAUAAAUUCUUAGUUGUUUUCUUCAGCAAGAUAACCUUUUUAGUACUUCCAACAAAUCUCUGUAACUAGAUUUGAUUAAAGCAAGAUAUCCCGCCCCAUGGGGUGAGUCAAAGCUACAAUAAUUACGUGCUCUGUGAGGUCCACUGUAUAAGCUAAAAUGGACACACUCAAAGAGCAAUGGAAACCCAACGUGGGAACCCUCAAAGCUUCACAGCAUCCUGCCACUCUAUCUAAAGGAGGUCAUAGAUGCACUGCAAGAAAGCGAGAGCCCACAAGCUGUGCUCUCACAGUUUUGUAUGGAGACCCAAUGAAAGAGCUGAAGCAGUUGAGUACUCACUCAAACAUCAUUGGUAUGCCCACUCCUCCUUUACUACAUCCACUCCAUGUAUCAAUGGUAGCAGCCUGUAACAGAUGUGUAAGUGACUGUCACAUUGAAUUGCAGAUAUAGGAGAAAACAUACACCAGUAUUACAUGACAGAGUUUCAAAAAGAGAAGGAGGAGUGUAUUAGAGCUGCUACUGAGAAGGCGUGGGGCAAGGUACAAAAAUGUGCUGCUUUUUGUUGUUGAAUAUUGCGUUAGGUCUGGACUACAAUACAUUGCAAGAGGUUUUGUUAAUGAUAUGUCUUGCAUUCAGGCUGACAUGGAAAUUGAGAAAAUAGUGUUACAGACACUUCAGUGGGCCAGAAAGGAGAGAGAGCUCUUGAGGAGGAAAGUGGAAAAUGCAAACUCUUACUUGCAGGGACUUCAUGCUGCAACCGGAGGAUGCGAAGACUGUGGCCAGCAAGAAAAAAGAUGAGGUACUGGUGGAAGUGAGGGCAGUGAUGAUAUCCAGCAUCACUGGCAACAUCGAGAAAACCCGAAGGGAGGAGAUGGAUAUUGCCCAACGCAACAUAGAUAAGGCAGAGGGGCGGUACAAGGCAGAACUAACUAUCUUGAAGGAGUCAACACAAGCACUGGAGACUCUGCUGGACAAGACCAUCAGGGACCUCCGUACAGCUGUAGCCGAUAAGCAAGUAUAUAUGGAUGACCUGGAAGAAACAAGGGCAGCAUUUCAACAUUUCAUCAAUCAGCAGUUUAAAGAAUUGAAGCCUGAUCAAGCUGACUUUAUCCUACCAUCAAAGAAAUGUACAGGUUGAAUGACAAGUGAACGAAUAGAAGCCCAGAAAAGCAUGCUCUCGUUGGCUCAUCACAAUUGGUCAACUGUAAUAAAUCUGAUUAUCCACAUUUAUUUAUUUAUUUUUAUUUCACCUUUAUUUAACCAGGUAGGCAAGUUGAGAACAUUUACAAUUGCGACCUGGCCAAGAUAAAGCAAAGGAGUUCGACAGAUACAACGACACAGAGUUACACAUGUAGUAAAACAAACAUACAGUCAAUAAAUAAUACAGUAUAAACAAGUCUAUAUACAAUGUUAGCAAAUUAGGUGAGAAGGGAGGUAAAGGCAAAAAAGGCCAUGGUGGCAAAGUAAAUACAAUAUAGCAAGUAAAACACUGGAAUGGUAGUUUUGCAAUGGAAGAAUGUGCAAAAUAAUGGAAUUUGCCAUUUGUUUGUGUAAUAAUUGCAGUACUUUUGUCUGUUUGAUAUCUGAUCAUGUGAUUAUGCCAGGCAUCACAAGUACCUGUCAUAUAGGCAGGUCACAUGUUGAUUUCAACAACAAAACUUUGGUAGGUAAAAGUGAAUUUCAUGAUCUGUAAUGCCAGGAAUGAUUUACGUUCUCAUUAGGUUGAACUGUGUUACAUCUCUUUGAAAUAAUCUGUGCGUGCCAUUUAUUGUUCAAUGGUUUAUUUUAUUAGCAUUGCAUGAUCAUGAAUCUCAAAAUAAUAAAAUAUAAAUACAGCAUUGCAUUGCUGCUUGCCAUCAAUUCACAGAAUGUUGACAAC